AUGGUGCUAAUUAUCUCGAUAGAGGUUGGUCAGCGCCGUCAAGAUCUCAAGAACUUUCAAACCGCUGGAUCCUCUUCGCCGCAACUGUUUCAACAAGUGACGAAUACCAUAGGAAGAACCUUCAUCUCACGUACGAAAGAAUUCCGCACUUUCCCUUCCGAGAAAACUGAACGUUAUCAAAGAAUCAAGAUGAUAAUGGUUCCGCGUACGAGCGCGAAGCAGCCUGCAGGCAUGCAGAUGCAAGGUGGUGUUGUGCCCGGUGCUUUUGGGGGUACUCCGGGGGAAAUAGGGGGAGGGGACUCCUCAGCCCAUGAACCAGUUACCCCGGGGGAUGGGGGGAAAUAUGGUGGCAUGCCACGGGAUAUUACGGCACUCCUCAGCCCAUGA